AUGGCUGUUCAUCGUUCAUUAGUUAUUUUUGCAAUUGUUGCUUUCAUGGCUCCGACAAUCUCAUUGGCUAUGGAUUAUGUCGUGGGUGAUGAUAAUGGGUGGAAGUUAGAAGUUAAUUAUACAGAUUGGGCUAAAGACAAGCAGUUCUAUGUUGGAGACACUCUUCUUUUCAAGUACAACAAUGCUAGUCACAACGUUUACAAAGUGACUGGAGAUGACUUCAACAGCUGCAAUGUUCCAUCAAACAAUAGUUUGGGCUUAUUCACAGGAAACGACAAAAUUAACUUGGCAGCCGCCGGCAAAAAAUGGUACAUUUGUGGUUUUACCGGCCAUUGUAAUCAAGGGAUGAAGUUUAAGAUCACGGUGCUAGACGGUACUGCCCCAGCUCCUCCUCCUAACGCUGCUUCAACAUUACUUGCCAAAGCGACCAAUUUCCAGAUAGUGUUAGGGAUGACUUUAUCCAUUGCGGCUGCAUUGAUCAUGGUCUAG